AUGUCUAACCGUAUGUUCUUCCGAAUGAUCCAUGAAGAAGUUCAAGACAAUGAAGAAGAAGAGGCUAUUGUUACAGCAUUAGUUGAACACCAUAUUCAAUCUGGAGAUCACGACUCUGUAUCACGUUAUCGUGGAUCCGUGAUGAAUCGCUGUGUCAUCAAUUGCAAUAGAGUUGAAGGUCAUGAGAGGCUUUAUCGUGAUUAUUUUGGUGAUUCUCCUACAUAUCCACCACAUUUAUUUUGUAGAAGGUUUCGUAUGCGUCAAUCAUUAUUUCUACGAAUUCAAGUAGCAAUUGAAUCACAUGAUUCAUACUUUGUUCAAAGAUAUAAUGCUGCAGGAGUUCCUGGAUUAUCAUCACUCCAAAAAAUUACAGCAGCAUUAAGGAUGCUUGCAUAUGGAUCACCUGCAGAUGUUGUGGAUGAAUAUGUCAGGAUUGGCGAAAAUACAGCAAUAGAGAGUUUGAAAAGGUUCGUAAAAGCAGUGGUUGAGGUAUUUGGCAAGCAAUAUUUGAGGCGACCAAAUAGUAUUGAUAUUGCAAGGUUGAUGACCGUGGCUGAGCAACGCGGGUUCACAGGAAUGUCGGGAAGCAUUGAUUGUAUGCAUUGGAAAUGGGCCAAUUACCCAACUGCAUGGCAUGGAAUGUAUACAGAAUUGGCAGAAGGUCGCGGUCCUGAAGUAAAAUACACCAUCAAUGGACAUGAAUAUACCAUGGGAUAUUAUCUUGUCGAUGGUAUAUAUCCCUCGUGGUCUACUUUUGUUAAACCCAUUCCAUUUCCUCAAGGGAAUAAGGCGAAAUUUUUUGCUGCACAACAAGAGUCUGCUAGAAAGAAUGUCGAAAGAGCAUUUGGAGUCUUACAAUCACAAUUUGCAAUAGUACGUGGACCGGGACGUUUUUGGGACGUUCAAACACUUAAAGAUAUAAUGACGACUUGUAUAAUCUUGCACAAUAUGAUAGUUGAAGAUGAACAUGGUACAAUUCAUGAGGGUGUGGAUUCCGAAUAUGAUACAAUUGCUGGCACUCCAACAAUUGAAUUGUCUCACAAUCGCACAAAUGAAAUUAUGGACUUCAUACAGGUUCACCAUCAAAUUCGAGACAACCAAGCUCAUAUGUAA